AUGGACUCCUCCGUGAAUGCUCUGGACUAUCUCCGCUCCAAAACACAGGUUGAUCUCGAUGAUUUGGACGUAGAAGUCGCCAAGAGGGGCGCUAUGGGAAGACCCUUUACUGAUGCCACAUCCAACCAAGUAUUCCCUCAUGCAUUUCCACUACUUGUCUUGUUCCAGGUGCAAAGUCCCGCCAAUGCCGAACUUGUUCAAAGAACCUUAUCGAUAACGAACAAGCUCCAUCCAAUCCACCCUUCUCUGACAUUUGAGGAGCUGGCUGUCGAAGUUGCUGCCGUACACCUAGCCACUCGAGUCCUACCAUACAUCAGUGGAAGAGUCCAUGUCAUGGCGAAUCCAUGCUACUCUUUCGAUACUCCGAGAAUCAUAGAAGCUGGAAAACGGUAUCACUCUUUAUUCCGCUUUUUCGAUACCCAAUGCAACUUAAACCGGGUCGUGAUGAAGGUUCCAGCCACUUGGGAAGGCUUACAGGCGUGUAAGACCUUGACUACAGAAGGUAUACAAACACUUGCGACUACGGUAUUUUCAAUGGAGCAGUGUAUUCUUGCAGGGGAAGCAGGCUGUUUGUCUGUUUCUCCUUUUAUCCAUGACCUCAAGAAACUGGUCUGUCCAAGCUACAAAGAUGAGAAUCCAGUCAUUGAGCUUUGUGUACAAGCUCAGAUGUACUACAAGUCACAUAAUAUUCCAACUCGCGUCAAAGCAUGCAGCUCCGGAUCUCUCGAUGAGAUCCUGCAGCUAGCAGGAGUCGACUCCCACACUCUCGAAUCAAUUGAGAUUGAUGCACUAGCAAAAGAAUGGCGCGAUCGAAAUCUGCUUCACUCAGUUAACCUAUUUGAGGCGCCAAACAUGACUCACCACGGCACUGCGGAGUACCCGUCGUAUGCAAACAACGAAGCCCGCUUCCGUGUGGAUCUUUCCGCGAGCAAGGGAGGAAUGUCUCAGCUCAAGUUAUAUCGCGCAAUUGAUAUUUUCUGCGACUAUCAGAAGAAGGUUGAGGAAUUUCUCGGUUCCAUUAAUGGGUCCUCCUGA